CUAGAAGAAUGACGUGCGGUUAGGCCUGCGGGGCUGACAGGCUCGCCCGCGCACUGCUACUGCGGCGCCCCUAGGGAAGCAGCGCAGCUCCCGACUUGGAGCCCGCCCGCGCUUCUCUCGUGGACGGCGGCGGCGGCGGCGGCGGCGCGCGCGGCGCGCGAGCCAGCGAGCGAGGGCGGAGGUGGCUCGUGCGUGCGUGUGAGUGAGCGUGUGUGUGUGAGUGAGCUUGUGUGUGAGCGUGUGUGCACGCGCGCGUGGCACCAGGGUGGCGGGCGCGGGUGCUCCACUGCCUUCCACACACCCUGCCUGCUCCGCGGCUCCUUCCUCGCCCCUCUCCCGCCCCGCGGGCUGCCAUCCUGAGAGAAGGCCGCAGGUCACAGGUGUGCUAGGCUUGCGGGACCGCUGGAGACAAAGGGGGCGCGGAGGUGAGCCCGCCAUGGCCUCCCGGAGCCUGGGGGGCCUGAGCGGGAGCCGCGGCGGCGGCAAGAAGAGCCUGAGCGCCCGCAACGCUGCGGUGGAGAGGAGGAACCUGAUCACCGUGUGCAGAUUUUCUGUGAAGACCCUGAUUGAUCGGUCUUGCUUUGAAACAAUUGAUGAUUCUUCUCCUGAAUUUAAUAACUUUGCAGCUGUUCUGGAACAAAUUCUAAGUCACCGGCUGAAAGGUCAAGUAACCUGGUUUGGCUAUGAAAGUCCUCGUAGCUUCUGGGACUACAUCAGAGUGGCUUGCCGGAAAGUUUCACAAAACUGUAUCUGUAGUAUUGAAAAUAUGGAAAAUGUCAGUUCCUCCAGAGCUAAGGGUAGAGCCUGGAUCAGAGUAGCACUCAUGGAAAAACAUUUGUCUGAAUACAUCUCUACAGCUUUGAGAGACUUCAAAACAACCAGGAGGUUUUAUGAAGAAGGAGCGAUUGUCCUGGGGGAAGAGGCAAACAUGCUUGCUGGCAUGCUGCUGGGCCUCAACGCCAUUGACUUCAGCUUCUGCCUAAAGGGAGAAGGAUUGGAUGGCACCUUCCCUGCUGUGAUAGACUAUACACCAUAUUUGAAGUUUGAGCAAAGUUCUGACAGCAUCAGCAGUGAUGAGGAAGAGCUCAGGACAUUCGGGAGCAGUGACAGUGAGGGCAGCACCCCUGAGAACGUGGGCCCGCCUCUAAUCCUGGACGAGAACAGCUGGUUCAACAAGUGCAAGAGAGUAAGGCAGAAGUACCAGCUCACCCUGGAGCAGAAGGGUUAUCUUGAAGAACUCUUACGGCUUCGUGAGAACCAGCUUUCUGAAUCUGUCUCUCAGAAUAAAAUCCUACUUCAGAGGAUCGAAGAUUCUGACCUGGCCCACAAACUGGAGAAAGAACAGUUAGAAUAUAUCAUCGUGGAGCUUCAGGACCAGCUGACUGUACUAAAGAAUAAUGAUUUAAGAUCAAGACAAGAGUUAACUGCCCACCUCACCAACCAGUGGCCUUCCCCAGGAGCUCUGGAUGUCAAUGCUGUUGCCUUGGAUACCUUGCUUUACCGAAAACACAAUAAACAGUGGUAUGAUAAAAGUUACCAAAGCCUUGACCAGUUAUCAGCAGAAGUCAGCCUUUCUCAGGCCUCAUUGGAUCCCGGCCACUCACAAGAAGGCGAUGGAAAGCAAGACUCAUUGAAUUUCAUCGGUGAAGGUAAAGAAGAUACUCCCUCACUUCUUGGUCUUUGUGGGUCACUAACAUCAGUGGCAAGUUACAAGUCCCUAACAAGCCUAAAAUCCAAUGACUGCCUUGCAAGCCCCACCACGGAGAUAACAAGCCCAGGCCUGACUCCAUCCUGAAAGACUACGUAAAAACCCAAAGUUUCUGUAUUGUAAAUAUCCUGUUUACAUAAGUUUGGCUGCUGGGAGAUCUUUGAAAUUUUAUAUUCUGGUACAUGCGUAGCAUUUUGUCGUUCGGAGAUUUCAGUCCAGCCCAGGUAAAGUUCCGAGGGUAAGGCAUAGCAGUCCCCCUAUUUUUCUUUUUAAAUUAGUACAUUUGUCACUGAGGAUGUUUAAAGUUCAAUAGGCUUUAAAAGUCUCACAAAGAUUGUCUGAAUCCAUUAUAAAGUGUACAUAGUUGUUAUUCAACCGAUUUUUUAUAUUUGUUUAAAUGUGUCUUAGUGUCCAGAGACUAGAUCCAGGUUUUAUUCCAGAGACUUAAGCUUAAUGGUUUCUUUCACUCCUUUAUUUGGUGGUUAAAUUUGCACAAAAGGCAACUCUAAUUUCAUGACGCACUCCUGCGCUCUGUGUCUGUGUAACAUGCUUUGAGGGGAAGUCUCCAGCCGCAGCUAUUUAAGUUUUCCUUUUGUCAUUCGGUACCAACUUCUAGCAUUUCAUAAAUUUUGUAGAAAUGUGCCUUUUUAGGCGGUUGCUGACUUAAUUUUAAGGUAUGAAGGAAAAGCAUUUUAUAUAUAAAAAAUAAAUGCAUUUCUUAGACUUAUUUUCCCUGGUGUGCCUAAGACAUUGGAAACCUUUCAAAAUACAAAACAAAUGUUGGCAAGGUAUUUCUUACAUCGGAAGUUUCCAGUUUAAUGAGUGAUUUGAGAACUUUUAGAGAACAACCUCGUGAGUGACCAGGAUAACUGACUGUGGAUGUAUGUCUGAGCCACAGUGCUAUUUCUCCCUGUGUGCAACCACGAGUUAUACUGGAUGUUUCACAACCAUUACCACUAUUCCCUGAUUUCUCAUUUUUCAAACUGAUCUUAUACUUCAAAAUCCUAUACUUCUGUAGGAAAACAGGUUUUCUUCAAACAGUUGUGUUUCAAAUCUCUCUCUCUCUUUUUUUUUUACAUUUUUUUUGAAACAGCUACAUGUGUCCCUAAAAAUUCCACUGUAUUGAAAACGAAGUGUAUAUUCUAUAGUGAGUCACAGGAGGAAAACAAGUGUGCCAAAGACAUUUCCUACACUGUUCAUGAAGGGGCCACAGUCCUCGCUCUUGUCUGUUAAUUUUUAUAUUUAAACCUAGCAGCGGUGACAUGGCGGACGUUUAUCCCUCCUAGAAAGCUUCCUGAGGAGAGCUGAACUCACACGUUCAUUCCUUGUGCCCAAACUGUGUAGGAGAGGGAGGUUCUGGGAAAUGCUUGGAGCUCAGUCUCCUGGUGUAGAAUCAGUCAAUAGUAACGUGACCGGUGUCACAUGUGAGACAGUGCAGACACUAAUUUCUGGGGCAAUGGAAGCCUGGAAGCUCGAGGUAGACAUUGCAUUGGAUGGCUCAGAACACACUGAGAGCUUUCUUCCAGUAGGCGAUAUUAAAGCAGAGCACCUCUGUCUGCUUUGAACUGUGUCUAUCGUUUAAGAACACAGUCGCCAAGACCACUUUUAAAUAGUGUCCGGAAUAGCAAAUCAAGACAGCAGGCCUGCAGGAGGCUGCAUGGAGACUUAGAUGGCCAUGAGAAUGUUGGGAAUUUAGGCUGGCCAUGGGCACGCCUCUACUUCCCUAAGAACUCUCAAAGUGUUUACCCCUUUAUCACUAUGGCCUGCUCUCACCUGUCAUUUAUGAUUUUUUCCAGAUAUAGAAAGAACAUUGUUAAGAUCUUUUCAUACAUUUUUAUAAAGUAGAAGGGAAUACAAGAUUCCCCAGUUGGUACACUUUUUCAUCUCUGUCCCAUAGUAACACUAGUUUGUGACAUAUCCCUGCUGCAAACCACAGACUGAGACAUGACACCUGAGGACCAUGGCUUUCCCUCCGCUAUUGGAGCUCUUGAUACAAAGUUCAUCUGCUACUGUGGAAUCCGAGUUUCUACAGUUGGUUCUGAGCUAUAUGCAGUCCGUAAUGCUUGCAUGAGUGAACGGCGUCUCAGUCUUUAAUUACCAGUGGUACUGUGUAUUUCUCAGAACCCCACAGAGAAUGCCGGCUUAGUCUCUUUCCGUCUGUAUUCCGUUGCCUUGAUGUACUAUAUUUGUUGCAUGUAUAUUAAAAAAAAUUUUUAACCAUA